GACUCGUUCAGUAAACAUGAGAUUAUUGGCUGUGUUCGCGUUUGUGUUUUGCGCUUUUAGCGCUAAACCGCUCGAAACGGAAACUGCCAAGAUUUUGGCUACCCUGCCAUUUCCGGGUCGUUCGCAGUACAUAUUUGUGGAGAGCUACUUGAAGGCCCUGGCCGCAAAGGGUCACCAGGUGACAGUGAUUAACGCAUUCAAAAAUAAGGCAACGCCCAACAUGCGCUUUAUCGAGGCAUUUGGAGCCCAUGAACUCUCUGAUGAGAUUAUGAGUUUGCUGAAUGUGCCCAUUUUGUGGCAACAACUGAAUGCAAUGGAUUACAUUUUAACCAAAUUUAUUGAGACUACGCUGGAAGAUGAAGGUGUGAAGAAGCUGUUAAGCUCUGGAGAAACAUUUGAUCUGGUGCUGGCGGAGAUGAUCCAAAUGGAACCUCUGUAUGCCCUCGCACAGCAUUUUAAUGCCACUUUGGUUGGUUUCUCUAGCUAUGGAACAGAUCGAAAGAUUGAUGAACAUGUUGGCAAUAUAUCGCCCAUAUCGUAUAACCCUUUGGUAACCUCUCCCCGUACCGACAAGAUGACCUUCCUAGAACGUUUGGAAAAUCACUAUGAUGCCCUUGUGGAGGAUAUUCAUCGGUAUUUUGUUCACCUGCCAAAUAUGCAGAUAGUGUACAAAAAGUAUUUCCCUAACGCGAAGAAAACUAUGGAUGAAGUAAUAGACAGCUUUUCGCUGAUUUUGCUGGGUCAGCACUUUUCUCUGAGCUACCCUCGACCUUAUUUGCCCAACAUGAUCGAAGUAGGAGGAAUGCAAAUUUCCCACAAGCCGAAGCCCCUUCCCGAGGACAUUAAGCAGUUCAUUGAGGGUUCGCCCAAUGGCGUCAUCUACUUCUCCAUGGGAUCCAAUGUGAAGAGUAAGGAUCUGCCCCAGAAAACUCGCGACACGCUGCUGAAAACCUUUGCAAAACUGAAGCAGCGAGUUCUGUGGAAAUUCGAAGACGACGAUAUGCCGGGCAGGCCAGCGAAUGUGCUGAUCAAGAACUGGUAUCCCCAGCCGGACAUUUUGGCCCAUCCGAAUGUGAAGUUGUUCAUCACUCACGGUGGCCUGCUGAGCACCAUAGAGAGUGUGUACUUUGGCAAGCCCGUGCUGGGAUUGCCCUGCUUCUAUGAUCAGCACAUGAAUGUGCAGCGCGCCCAGCGAAUGGGAUUCGGUUUGGGCUUGGAUCUGCAGAAUCUGAAGCAGGAGGAAUUGGAAAAGGUCAUCCAAACGCUGCUCACCGAUCCCAGUUACGCCCGUGCAUCGGCCUCCAUUUCGGAGCGGUAUCGCGAUCAGCCGGAAUCAGCCGUCGAUCGGGCUGUUUGGUGGACGGAAUAUGUUAUUAGACACAAAGGUGCUCCCCACCUGCGAGCAACCGCCAGAGAUCUCAACUUCAUUCAACUCCACAGCCUGGACACUUGGGCUGUCCUGCUGGGCGUACCUCUAUUGGUUGCCCUUGUCAUCCUAAAGGUAUCUAGCAAACUGCUGGGGGGCAAGAAGAAACCAGGGUGCCCGCAUGCUGAUAAGCUAAAGAAACAGUAGAAAUCGUUUACUAUAUGUUUGUUGUUUAUAGUCCUAAGUACCUAAAUUUCUUAUCAGCCUAAUCAAGUGAUUGUUAAAAUUAUAUUUCUUAUUGCUUA